AGAUUAGCCUGUCAGGUAGCAGCUACACAGAGGCUGGUGUCCUCUGGUGGCUCCUCUAACUACAAGUUAUGUCUAUGCCUAGAUUAGAGAAGGUAGAUGUUUAAGUCAUUUUCGUAGUAGUAGGUUUUGAUAUCGUUUUGUUUAAAAAUCUUUACCGCGAGGACUGGGAGAGCGCUACCUGACAGACAAAUUUCGUGCAUUUAACCUCAGUGUCAUUUGUUUACGCAGCUGAAGUUGACAGGCAGCUCUGUUGCUGUGUGUCAGGCCUACUACCUGGGUUAGCCGCACCACUGACCUCAAGAGACGACAGUGGAGAGUAAAAUCAGUGAGUCAGUAAUGCAUUGAGGCAACAAUGGAGACCACAGACCGUGCCACUGAGGGCGACCCUCUGAAGAGGGGAGAGGACGGGGCGGAGACGGGAACAGCACCAUCUGCGACAGAGCUGAAGAAGAAGAGCUGCAAGGAGGUCUUGGGUUUUGCCAAAUUGACCCACUGGCGAACUGCAGUCUUCUUUCUCUCCUUGUUCCUCUGCCUCACCAUAGUGUUUGCCUUCUCAUUCAUCAUCCCCUGUCCUGUCAGACCGCAGUAUCAAGUUUCCUGGAACAGGACUUUCUCUGAUGCAGCAACCUAUGACUUCUUAGCUAUUGAAGCUGCAAGUGAUGACAAGGUGUUGGAUGUCCUGUUUGUCGUCAAAAUGAGAGAGGGCAGUCAGAACAAUACGUGUGCUGAUGCAGGUCUGCCUUCGCCAUGUGUGUUUGUGUUCGCAGUGGAUGGGACAGACGGAGAGACCCUAUGGGAGCGUCCAUUGCACCCUGAGUUCCACUGGGCCCAGUGCGGUCUGGAAAAAGACAAACAGAAGACAGGCAGAACCUGGGACUGUCUGCUGUCCCAUUCUGACCAGUUCACAGCUGUUGACAAACACUCUGGUGAAAUUAAGUGGCAGCAGCCUCAGCCUGCUGGUCUGCGUAGCACUGUGCCUGUCCUCAGUGUCCCAGAUCUGGAUGGGGACAAGGUCGAUGAUGUGGCUCUGGUGGCAUCUGACAACACACAGACUCAGCUGGUGUUCCUCUCAGGGAAGACAGGUGCCCAGAUCGGUGCCACAGUGACCCUUGACUCCACAAAGACCCCCCAACAUCUUCUCCAUUGCACUAAAGAUGGUUCUCACUACGUACUGCUCCAAAAAGACACUGGCUUGUAUGGACUGGCACUGUGGAGGAUUGCUGCCAUGGCUAAAGCAGGAAUGGGGGCCAGCCUCAAGAAGGAUAAACUCUGGGAGAGAAAUGCUAGUGCCUCAACUGGCCUCGUACCCAUCUAUGAGUCUGACUCACUGAAAAAAGUGUUCAAAAUACAAGGAACAGAAGAGAGUGAUGAUGAUCCAUCCAACCUGCUGCUUGUAUCUGGGAGGAAGGUGUCAGUAGUGGAUGGAAAAAAUCUGCAGCUACUGUGGAGCUUCAAUACCAGCUCAGUCCUCAGUGAGCCCUCCUUUGGUCACUUUGACAAAGACGAGCUACUUGAUGUUGUGGUUGAGGAGGAUAUUGGCAACUACACAAAGAGGAUAGUAAUUCUUGAUGGGAAGUCUGGUGGUGUGCUGUGGCAAGUCAAGCUUCUGGCUAGUCUGAAUGCACCAGGACCAGCCUCUAUACACACCACCAACUCCUUCUCGAUCUUUGUGUUUUGGGGUAUGAUGCCCACAGAGACCAACUCCUCUGUAUCUUUAACUAGUGACCGACGUUCUUACAUGCUGCAUCCGCUCUAUUCCCAAGUUCUUCUUGAGUCCUCCAAUGUCAUAGACCACAUCAUAACAUUUAAAGCCACACUGUUGGAGCGUGGGCGCCACGCUGCCUACUUCCUGCUGACGGGUCCCGGGAUAGAGGGGGAUGAAGGCACUGUGCUCCUUAGCAAGCGAAAGCUGAAGCAGGAUGUCCCUGACAGCAAAGUACUCCGCAUCGGCUCCGGAGGAAGCACAGAGACCAAUGAGGACAUCAAAGAGGCCUUCAACCGACUCCGCUUCAGGGACUGGUGAAAGGACCAACUGUAACAUGUACAGUGAUUCCUCAGUGUUAAACCCAGGUUGACUGUACAAAUUUAUAAACCAAAGUGUAUACAUUAGUUAUAACUUUCCAACUGCUGACAACCCAAAAAUUCCUUUUUGUUUAGAGACUCAGGCUGGGACAGGGUUCUUCCAUUACUCUGCAUUGGACAAUCUGGGCAUUGUUCUGACUUGACUGUACACGUACAAUCAUGAGUUUAUUUAGUGUCCAAAGAGCUACUUGUUCCCCAACAAUCACUGUGCACAGAUGCUGCUCUCCUGCUGAUGAAUCACGAGGACCUGCCCUGUUGUGUUGUUUCUAGCACUUUCAUACAUCAAUGCAAUUCUCUUUUAAUUGCAGAGGCUGGAUUAUUAUAUUUGCAUCUAUGCAACUGUAUGUCGCACUGUGCUUUUUAGGUAGCAGAUGCACUCUACCACAGCUGGCAGUUCCUGUGUAUUAUUACAACAGCCUUAAAGAUCACACAACGGUAGAGCUGUUUUUCUCAAACUAUACAGUAAGAUAGAUUUACGCUGAAACUUGAGAUAUGACAGAAACACUACCAACGUUAGAGUGCACACUGUGUGGUUACAAUUCUUUUUUUAGUGUUUCCUUUUUGUGAAAGUAUUGGUGAGGCAGUCUUGUGGUUGUUGGUACUGCUGUUGAUAAUCAAUAUGUAUGUCCAUUACUUAAUCCAAGAUGCUGGAACUGGUGGUGUAAAUGCACACUAACUAAACCUUUGAGGCACUCAGUGCUGAGUUAUUGCUGUGGGUUUACAGCUCCUGAUGAAGAAGUUUGUUUUCUUAGUGAUUUACUGUAUAUUAGUUCAAUAAGUGAGAAUGGGUUUCUUGUUUUUGCUGUACAUUAAUAUAUUGAACCUGUGGGACAGGCCUUUGUUGGAGCUGGCUUUUCUUUCUUGAUAUGCUUGAACUUAAGCAAUAUUAAACAAUUUUAAAAUAA